AUGCUGGAACUGCUGCUUACUGUUGUGAUCGCACCUGCAAAGAUUUUGAUCGCAAGUGCGAAGGGGAAUGAGCAUCUGCGAAGCCCGCAGAUGCGAGAAUAUCGCCGCAUAUGCGAGUUUUUAGAGGGCCGGCUGUUUUCCGCAGGCGCGCAUUCUUUUCCGCAAAUGCGGAUGCGCAGGGGUUAUGGGGCUUCCUUGGUAAUUCUGGUUGUUUAUGUGAAUGAUAUCAUCCUCACAGGGGCUGAUUUGCAUGAACUUUCUUCCUUAAAGGGGUUCUUACAUGAGCAGUUCAGAAUUAAGGACUUAGUGUCCCUUAACUAUUUCCUUGGGAUUGAAGUUUCUUAUUCUGAUUCUGGAGUUCUUUUACAUCAAAAGAAGUUCAUUCAUGACAUGCUAGAAUCAUUUCAGUCUUCUUCUUGUACCCCUGCUUUUUGUCCUCUUGAGUUGAAUGUCAAACUGAAAGCCAAGGUUGGAGACCCCCUGCAUAAGCCUGAAGAUUACAGAUGUCUGGUUAGGAAGCUGAAUUUUUUAACCCACACCAGACCUGAUAUCAACUUUGCAGUCCAGCAUCUCAGUCAAUUUUUGCAGUUUCCUUGUGUUCUCCAUAUGCAGGCUGCUAUUCAUGUUUUGAGAUAUUUGAGAGGCACCUCUGAUUAUGGUAUAUUCUUCAAUUCUUCUCCUGAUUUGUCCUUGCGAGUAUUUUGUGACAGUGAUUGGGCUUCUUGUGCUGAUAGUAGGAGAUCUGAUUCUGGGUUUUGUGUUUUCCUUAGUGGGAGCCUUAUCAGUUGGAAGUCCAAGAAGCAGUCUGUUAUCUCCCUUUCAUCUGCUGAGGCUAAAUACAGAGCAAUGAGUAAGGCUGUUGCAGAGGUUACUUGGGUCUCUAGAUUGUUGGGUGAUUUUGGUGUCUCUUGUUCUUCUCAUGUUCCUCUAUUCUGUGAUAAUCAGGCAGCUUUGCAUAUUGCUCGCAAUCCUGUGUUUCAUGAACGGACCAAACAUAUUAAACUUGAUUGUCAUUUUGUUAGACACAAGCUUGGUGAGGGCCUGCUGAGUUUGCAUCAUGUCUCCAACUCUGCUCAGGUUGUUGAUCUGCUCACAAAAGCCUUGCCUGGGCCUGCUCACUAUUUUUAUCUUCGCAAGUUGGGGGUUUUAUCACCCUCCAACUUGAGGGGAGCUGUUAGAAUAGGCCCAGUGGGUAUAGGCUAA